AUGGCCGGAUUCAGCUUCGCCAAAAAGUUUACUCAUAAGAAACAUGGAAAGACUCCUUCUGAUGCUUCCAUCUCAGAUCAAUCUAGAGAAGCUUCAUUGUCGACUCCUCCGAAUGAAAAAUAUUUCACUAAACAGGAAACGCCUCAGAAAGGACGUCAAUUCUCACAAGGCUAUCAUACCAGUGUUAGUAAAACCACUUCAUCCCCCAUGUUUUCCAGAAAGCAACAAUCUGAACCAAGGAUCCAACCAAGUGCAGUGCCACCACAACAACGAAACGUGUCAGGACCAUCUACAACCCUACAUAAACAACUUUCAAAACAAAGAGAGUAUACCGUGUGGAAUAGAAUUAAGUUACAGGAUUCGCCUUUCCCACGUUAUAGGCACGUUUCCUCUGCGUACGUUACAGACAAAAAUCAAAUAUAUGUCAUUGGCGGACUUCACGACCAAUCUGUAUACGGUGAUACAUGGAUAUUAACGGCCUUUGAUAAUGCUACAAAAUUUUCCACUACUACGAUAGACAUAAGUGAAGCUACGCCACCACCAAGAGUAGGUCAUGCUGCGGUUCUAUGCGGAAACGCUUUUGUCGUAUUCGGCGGUGACACACAUAAAGUUAAUAAGGAAGGUUUAAUGGAUGAUGAUAUAUACCUUUUGAAUAUCAACUCCUACAAAUGGACGGUUCCAGCACCUGUAGGACCACGUCCAUUGGGUAGAUAUGGCCAUAAAAUCUCUAUCAUCGCCACAAAUCAAAUGAAAACGAAACUAUACGUUUUUGGUGGUCAAUUUGAUGACACUUACUUCAAUGACUUGGCUGUUUACGAUUUAUCAUCUUUUAGAAGACCAGACUCACAUUGGGAAUUUCUGAAGCCAAAAACUUUUUCGCCACCACCUAUUACCAACUUUACCAUGAUAUCAUAUGAUUCCAAGUUAUGGGUAUUUGGUGGUGAUACCUUGCAAGGUUUAGUAAAUGAUGUUUUUAUGUACGACCCAGCAUUAAAUGACUGGUUUAUCAUCGAAACCACUGGUGAGAAGCCACCUCCAGUUCAAGAACAUGCUACUGUGGUCUACAAUGAUUUAAUGUGUGUGGUAGGUGGGAAGGAUGAGCACGAUGCUUAUUUGAACUCUGUGUACUUCUUGAACUUGAAAUCGAAUAAAUGGUUUAAGUUACCUGUAUUCACAGCAGGAAUCCCGCAGGGCCGUUCUGGUCAUUCUUUAACAUUGUUGAAAAAUGAUAAAAUUUUGAUUAUGGGAGGGGAUAAAUUCGAUUACGCUAGAGUUGAGGAGUCGGACUUGCAUACUUCUGAUAUUGACAUGCAAAAGGGUACGAUUGUUUAUACCUUGGACUUGGCCCGCAUAAAGGAUCUCUGUCCUGGUGUAAUGGAUGUUCCGAAUGAAGCCGCCGUUCAGAGGAGUAGUAGUCUUGAUCUGGCGCCCCCGGUUACUCCAACUUCUCAUCAGAGCAGAAAUAUGAACGUUCCAAGUUCAGCAUUACCUCCAGCUUCUGCUCCAUCGCCUGCAACAAAGGCUUUUCCAGAUUCUGAUGAUGGCAAUAAAGACAUGUACAAUCGAGAUGUUUCAGCAGAACAACAAUAUCAGGAUCCUCCAGCCAAUUCUGAGUAUCAUCUAAUUACCGAACCGAACAUUUUAACUCCAUACGUUCCUUCAGAAAGCUCACAAACUCCUGUUAUGAAAACGACUUCUAACAAACCGUUUGAUACACCCAUUAUCGAGAAAGAAACUGAUAUGACUGAAGCGAUCGAUUCAACAAUUGGAAACCAGCGUAUAACAUCUUCUACUUACGGAGACAGUCUCACCCCCUCGAAACAAAUUAAUAAUAACACCUCGCCAAUUGUAGAAACAUCAUUAAACAAUGAAGUAAAAAAACUUCAAAAUGACAAUGUAGAAGAAAACGAACAUUGUACCGAUGACGAUGGAAAAGCGGAUUCUAUGAUGGCUUUCAACCAAGAAACAAAUGGAAACAAGUUGAGCCCUUCAAUAAGUAAGGCUGAAGGGGAGGGCAGUGUUGCUGUCGACGAUGACGAUGAGAUCGGUGUGGCCCAAAUGGCUAGCUCACCAUCAAAAGAUCAAUUCAAAAUUAAACAUUAUAAUGAAUCUUCAGAGUUAUCACAGAACAAUACGGAAGUAGAAAAACUAUCUGAGCCUGCAGAUAUUAAAAUAAAGAGAAACGAUGUUACAGGGUAUGAUGUUCCUAACCAUGAGAUUAAAACUAAUAACGAAAAAGAUUUAUCUUCAGUGGUAGGCGCCCCAUCUGAGAUGAAAAAUGAAAAAGCCAAUAUUUCUGGAAGUGAAGAUACAGCCUCUGAAGUCGUCGAUAGAGCAUUGUUUGAAAAAUUGAGAUCUGAAUUGCAAAGUUUGAAAGAACUGACGCAUGAAAAAGCACUUGAAGCUGGAGCUCACAUAAAGGAAUUAGAGACAGAGCUAUGGCAGUUAAAAUCUCAGAAUAGCACUGGUACGGCCAAAGAAAUAGACCAAUUGGAUUCCGUGAGACUGCAAUCAAAGUGUGAAAUACUGGAAGCAGAUAAUCACUCUUUGGAAGACAAAGUUAAUGAGCUAGAAGAGCUAGUGAAUAGCAAAUUCUUAGAUAUGGAAAAUCUAAAUGAAAUUGUACAACUUCAAAAUGAAAGAAUCAAAUCCUUGGAACUAGAGCCUGAUUAUAAGGAAAAACUCGAGGAAUUGCAGAUUGAACAUGAAAACUUGAUGAGAGAAAACGAACGAUUGAAAAAUGAGUGCAAACAACAUAACGAAGAUAUUGUCAAACAAGUCUCUAAUUACACAUCACAAUUAGGCUCAUUAAUCAGCCAUUGGAAAGAAAACAAAGCCAACUCUUCCUUUCUUGCAUCCUCUUCUUCGUUAUUAUCCAUAUCGGAUCAAAACGCUGAAAACGCUGAAAAAUCUGUAAACGAAUCCUAUGUGGACCAAAGUCGCCACCAUCGUGUGGUGAUUGACAAACUAACAAAUAGAUUGGAUGAUUUGUUGGAGAAAAGUCAAGAGCUAACAAUGUCGAAGGAAAAAUUGUCCUCCGAAUAUCGUGCUUUAAAGAUGGAACAUAGCUCGUUAAGUCAAGAUGUAUUGGUGAAAGAGAAUGAAAUCAAAAAAAUACAGAAUGAUUAUAAAGAAAGUAUAAAUUCUAUGGAUAGUGCAAGUAAAGCGCUCAUGGUUUCUCAAAGAGAGCUAGAGAAGUAUAAGACCUUGAAUAAAAAACUGAUUGACGAGUUGGAUGAAUUGAAAUUCAAAAAUGACGUCAGCAGCAAAGAUUCGGUGAAUGGUUUUAAAAGCACCAACGGGAACUUUAAUGACGUAGAAAAUAGUAACACCAUAAGAGAAAAUCAAUUCAACAUUAAAAUUAACGACCUGAAAGCCGAACUUUUUAUCACCAAUCAAGAAAGAGAUAAUUUGAAGAAUGAAGUGUUGGAGUUGAAGAAGAAAUUAUUGAACUUGGAAAAUAGCGCUAAACAAGUCAAUGAUAACGAUGACAAUAAUUUACUAUAA